AUGAGUUCAUCAAACGAAAUAAAUGAUAAGCAACAGGACAUGGUUUCCCUUAUUGGAUCAGAUAAUGUAAAACACGCUAUAUCAAGGGAAAAUGCUAUGCUAUCCAGUACACUUAAAUCAAUAGCCAGUGGAAAAUUUGCUGAUAAUAAGGACAGUAUUGAACUCCCUUCAAUAAGCGGACCUGUCAUUGAAAAAGUGAUCGAGUAUAUGAACUUCAAGGGUAAAUUAUUACGUGAGGGAAGAGAAGGAGAAGAUACUGAAGAAACUGCUGAAAAAUUCGAGAAUUUUAACAUCCCUACUGAACUUUCUCUUGAUGUACUAUUAGCCGCAGACUAUUUGAAUAUAUAG